UAUGUUAGUGUCUCAUAAAGAUCGCACCUGUAAAAUGUUUAAAAAGGUAUUUUUAAGUUUAUUAGUGCUACACACUUGUAAUCUAGUAUAUAGUGUUCGAAAAUGUAACGAUUGUCAACUUUACUACACAUGCAAAGCAGCAGUUGAUCAUGCUCGGUUCAAGCAAGACGAUGAAACAAGACAGCUAUUUGAGAAAGCUGUGUGUGGAACAGAAAUGGAAGAUGAUGAAUCCGAGUAUAUGGUAUGCUGUUCAGACUUUCCCAGCUUGAAUACAAGACCACAAUCAACUCCUCCAGGCAAAGAAUUAGAAACUAGAUAUGCAGAAUCGAAUAAACAAAACUUGCUGCCGGAAAAAUGCGGCAGCAUUUUGGGAAAUCGUGUUUUUGGAGGCAGAAAAGCUAAACUAUACGAAUUUCCAUGGAUGGUACUUAUCUCUUAUAAAACACGCAAAGGUCCUCAAUUUAAAUGUGGUGGAACUAUCAUUAACUCCAAAUAUAUUCUGACAGCGGCUCAUUGUGUCGUUGAUAUGAAUAUCGAAGGUGUCAGGAUAGGAGAGUAUGACAUUAAUUUUGAUAAAGAUUGUGAAUAUGAACCCGACAGAGUUAUCUGUGAAGAUCAUAUACAGGAUAUGUAUGUCAAAGAAAAAAUACCACAUGAAAAUUACCAAAGAUCACCGACCUUGAAUGACAUAGCGUUGCUGCGAGUAGAUGGCGAGAUCUUCUUAAACUACACAAACGUGGAACCAAUCUGUCUACCACUAUCCUCUUCACUACGUAGCAAAAGUCUAGAUAAUAAAAACGGUACAGUAGCUGGAUGGGGCUACACUGAAACUGGCCGAGAAUCUGCAAUAUUAUUGAGAGUCGAAGUUCCUGUGAAAACUGACGCUGAAUGUAAAGGCUACUACAACAGAAAUAACCGGGAUGCCGUUAAGAAACUAUUCUGCGCAGGAGACCUCAAAAAGGACUCUUGUAAUGGAGAUUCCGGAGGACCUCUAAUGAUGAAAGCUAACUACAACGGUGUUAAUAGUUAUGUUCAGUAUGGGGUCGUGUCGCACGGUCCAAGGCAAUGUGGAUCGUCGUUCCCAGGCGUUUACACGGAUGUCAGAGAAUACGUCGAUUGGAUAUUAGAUAAUAUUAAAGAAUAUGAUGUGCCUGAUGAAGAAGACAAUAUUUCUUUGGCUCAAUUAGCCCAACAUUUAAGACAUAGUUUAUCUACUUCUGAAGCAGAAGAGUUUAUAGAUGUGGUUAACUCUAUUGCAAUUUGUGCACCAGCUACGGAAGAAGAUAUUGUACAAGAAGUUCAAGAGGAAAAUGACGAACAACUUACAGUGCCAACUUUAAAUGACGUGUUUUAUAAAGAUAGCACCUUUAAAAUGUUUAAAAAGAUAUUUUUAAGUUUAUUAGUGCUACACACGUGUAAUCUAGUAUAUAGUGAUCGAAAAUGUAACGAUUGUCAACUUUACUACACAUGCAAAGCAGCAGUUGAUCAUGCUCGGUUCAAGCAAGACGAUGAAACAAGACAGCUAUUUGAGAAAGCUGUGUGUGGAACAGAAAUGGAAGAUGAUGAAUCCGAGUAUAUGGUAUGCUGUUCAGACUUUCCCAGCUUGAAUACAAGACCACAAUCAACUCCUCCAGGCAAAGAAUUAGAAACUAGAUAUGCAGAAUCGAAUAAACAAAACUUGCUGCCGGAAAAAUGCGGCAGCAUUUUGGGAAAUCGUGUUUUUGGAGGCAGAAAAGCUAAACUAUACGAAUUUCCAUGGAUGGUACUUAUCUCUUAUAAAACACGUGAAGGUCCCCAAUUUAAAUGUGGUGGAACUAUCAUUAACUCCAAAUAUAUUCUGACAGCGGCUCAUUGUGUCGUUGAUAAGAAAAUCGAAGGUGUCAGAAUAGGAGAGUUUGACAUUAAUUUGGAUAGAGAUUGUGAAUAUGAACCCGACAAAGUUAUCUGUGAAGAUCAUAUUCAGGAUAUGUAUGUCAAAGAAAAAAUACCACAUGAAAAUUACCAAAGAUCACCGACCUUGAAUGACAUAGCGUUGCUGCGAGUAGACGGCGAGAUCUUCUUGAACUACACAAACGUGGAACCAAUCUGUCUACCACUAUCCUCUUCACUACGUAGCAAAAGUCUAGAUAAUAAAAACGGUACAGUAGCUGGAUGGGGUUACACUGAAACUGGCCGAGAAUCUGCAAUAUUAUUGAGAGUCGAAGUUCCUGUGAAAACUGAAGCUGAAUGUAAAGCCUACUACAACAGAAAUAACCGGGAUGCCGUUAAGAAACAAUUCUGCGCAGGAGAACUCAAAAAGGACUCUUGUAAUGGUGAUUCCGGAGGACCUCUAAUGAUGAAAGCUAACUACAACGGUGUUAAUAGUUAUGUCCAGUAUGGAAUCGUGUCGCACGGUCCAAUGCAAUGUGGUUCGUCGUUCCCAGGCGUUUACACAGAUGUCAGAGAAUACGUCGAUUGGAUAUUAGAUAAUAUUAAAGGAUAAUUAAAUUAGGUUAAUCUAUAGGAUAAAUAUUUGUAUACUAGUGAUUGCUCUGAUGUAAAACGGUUAUUGUGUUAUAGCUCUUAGUAGAGUGGUCGAGUAAGAAAAUAUUGUAUUUUUAACGAUGUAUUUUCUAAAGUAAGAGCCUUAAAAUAAUACACAUGAUAAAGGCGUUUGAAAUAA